UUAUCUGUUAAAUGAACAAACAGGUGUUUCACUUGCAUUUUUUAGGUUGUUACUACUCAGCUUUCAGUCACUAGAAGGAAUCAGAACUGGGAGAAUGGCUCUGUAUUCUUGGAAUUUUAUGAUAAUUUUACUUCUAGCAAGAACUGUUUCUGGUCAGAAUGGUGAAAAUAGCACAAUAACCAAUGUUGUUAAAGAUCCUGAUAAUGAAGCUAAGGUCUUUGAUGAUAUCUCUGAAGCUACUGCGUUUAUUGAUUCUUCUGAAUUAGCAGUCAUUGCAUUUUUUCAGGAUUCAGAGUCAAAAGAAGAAGAGUACUUUAAAAAUCUUGUAAAGGAUAAUAAAGAAUGGGACUACGGUGUGAGUUACAGCAAAACUGUCUUGAAUCACUUCAACAUCACAAGCAACACGUUGUCCAUAUUCCGAAAGGUGGACAGUAAGAGAAUUGACUUAGAAAUGGAUGAAGUCAAAGACAUUAAUACUGUGAAGCUCUACCGUUUCCUGACUAUAAAUGAUUUAAGGCUGGUGACAGAAUAUAAUCCAAUGACAGCAAUUGGCAUCUUUGAGAGUCAAGUUAAAAUUCAUUUACUUUUGUUCAUGGAGAAAGGAUUUGAGAAGCAAGAAGAGACUCUAAUGGACUUCCGAAAAGCAGCAGAAGAUUUAAGAGGGAAGGUUCUGUUUAUAUCAGUGGAUGUAACUUUAAAAGGCAACGAGAAAGUUAUGUUCUAUUUUGGGCUGAGGAGAAAUGAUUUGCCAAAAGUAGCAAUUUAUAACUCGGAAGAUGAAAGCAAAAAAGUAAUGAAUACGGGCGAUAUAAAUGCUAAACAGCUGACAGAUUUCUGUUACAGAUUCCUGUCUGGGGAAAACAUGGAAGAAGAAUCAGAGCAGGAAGAAUUGAAGACUGAAUUGUAAUGAAUUAUACUGUGUUCUAUAAUGUAUUUGUCCCAUUAAAACUUGUAUUUACAAUAAAACAUUUUUCACAUUA